ACGUGCGUUGCAUUUACGAUGCCGACCAACGCAUCGAUGGAAGCAGCGCACUCGCAUCCCUACCUUCGUGAACCUCUACUCUACAUCACUAAUCUACCAGCUUCUAUCUCUGAUGAAGCGCUCGCUGCUCAUUGCCGGGCAUGUCAAGUCCGGUUUGACAAGUUGACCAUUAAACGAGAGCCAGAUGCGCAGACUGUGUCGGGAAUAAUGGAGUUUCAUCAUCUGAGAUUGGCGGAAAAGGCGCUUGCUACUCUACAAUCACGCCCACUUUCAGGGACCUUUCCACCCAUUCACCUCUUUAUAUCUUCUUAUUCACCGGAAAAUCCACCGAAUCCUCUUCCACUUCUCCCUAGACCGGUUGUCAUGCUGGUGGAAAAUCUACCUCCUGGUUAUUCAGAGUCAAAGCUUUACGAUUUAUUCAGACCUUACGGUGCAAUUGAUUGGGUGCAAACUCGGACAUCUUUUGGACUUGAUACUGGAGUGGUUGAGUUUUGGAAUGAGGGGGAUGCAGCUCGUGCUGUGGAGGAGCUGCGUGGAGCUUAUAUCGAAGGCUGGAACAUUACUAUCCGCAUACCGUUACCAGAAUUCCUCACUAUCCAUCGACCUUAUAGUCCGUAUCGCCCUCCGAGCGCCGUACACAAUGAGCGGGGUUCACGUGGUGGGAGCCUACGGAUUCCGAGUACGUGCUCUUGCCUUCUCGAAGGGCGACAUUACGAAAACAUCGUGCUGGACGAUAUUAUUCCAGGAAGGCCGGAGCAGAUUCACCGUAUGAUGUUCAUUGAUAUUCAAGAAAAAGGGUUCAUGGACAAUUUUUUACGGUCAAAUCAAGGGAUGACGUACAUUGAACACUCCCCCUGGCUUCCAUCCUCUCCUGGAUCUGGAUCGUUUUGGCGCACGGCGUCGUAUAUCAAACCUCUCGAUAACGAGCCAUUCAAUCUCAAAUCCACGGAUUGCGAUAUAGAAAUCACAAUCGAUCAUGAAGAUUUUACAGAUUUUACUUCAACCAUUUUAUCUACCAACUGCCUCGAUGUACCAAGUUCUCGAGAUUUUACUAUCAAGACGAGGAUUUGCAUCAUGUGGGAAAACUUAGGAGCCACUCGGAUGAUUGUUACCACAGAAGUCGAAUGGUCAGGACCCAGCUACAUCAAGGACAUCGUUGAGCGCGCUUCUCUUGAAGGUCAAAAGUCAUAUUACGAAGCUCUUCAUCUUGAAAUGUUGAGAUACAUCGGUGUCGGUGAUUUUCGGAUCUCCCCCGUCCCCAUCCCAAACUCAUCCCCUGGCUUGGAGAAGGACGAACAAGAUUCGAAUGACAUGCUUCAGUGCGUUGUCUGCGGAACGCCAGUGGAAGGCGAAUCGUUAUCGAUCACCGAAGAGGAGUCAAGUUCACCAGGAAGUUCUGCUAUGAGCGAUGUGGUGGAAGAGAUUCCUUUGAUUGUUGAAAGAACAGACGAUAUCCGGAGGAUACUGGCAUUGGAAACUGGUGUCAAUACGCUAUUGGCAUUAGAAGAUUCAUUGGUUCCGUUAACUGUUGAUCUCCUUCAAUGCGAAAUACGCGCGACAGCAUCUGAGCCCGGUCUCCGUGAAUAUCGCAGGAAAUGUACCAAAUGCCUUCGGGGUCUUGUGAACAAGCACCAUGUCCUACCGAACUCGCUGUUCGUUAACGAGAUCAUGAAGGAGGGUAGCCAUCCGUUAUGUGGGGGUGGGUUCUCGGACAUAUGGAAAGGCACCUCUGGAGAUCAGUCAGUAUGCCUCAAAGUGUUACGUGUACACAUCCAGGCGAGCCAGAGCAAGAAGGAUAAGAUUGUACGGGAAUUCUAUAAAGAGACUCUAUUAUGGACGCAACUCAGCCAUCCGAAUCUUCUGCCGUUCCUUGGUGUUAAUACGACCCUGUUUCCGCAAGGAUUUUGUCUGGUAUCACCAUGGAUGGUGAACGGAGAUAUCAUAACGUUUCUGGAGCUGAAUCCUGGGCAUGAUAAGCUUACUGUGAUCGCGGAAAUCUCAGCCGGAAUGUCGUACCUUCAUUCGUUCAAGAUCGUACACGGCGAUAUCAAAGGGGCAAAUGUUCUCGUCGACGCAAAUGCCCGAUGUCAUCUAGCCGACUUUGGCCUUGCGAUAACGACUGCUGAGACGACCGCUUUGUUCAACUCGACGACGAGUAGUAUGAAAGGAUCACUUCGAUGGAUGGCACCAGAACUCUUCAAACUUGGUGUUGGUGAUACUGGUGAGAAGCCUAACGAGUUGGCACGAGAUAUAUACGCGUAUGGGUGUACGGUGCUCGAGAUAAUAACAGGAAAACCUCCAUUCCCUGAUCUUAUCGACCCGAUGGUUAUGUUUCAAGUUGCGGUGAACGGUACAAGACCAGCUCGACCGACUGCAGUUGAUUGGUGUCCUGACAAUGUAUGGGCUUUGGUUCAGCAGUGUUGGGUGCAGCAGAUGCAUCUUCGGCCGAGAGCGAGUGAUGUUCAUUCGUAUCUGGAACGACUGUUGGCUGCUCGUCGGUUUGGAAUACCUUGGGAGCAGGAGUUUUUGGAGCCUGUUGGUGGAGGCUAAGGUCCUCUGCUCAAUACCUCCUGAAGGAAUUAAUGUCUAGAAGUAGGCCUAGGUCGAGGCGCUCUCUCGAUCGUUGUGGCUUGGUAUCUACGGAUGGCCGUAGGAUGACUACACGCCAAUCUCACCCCCAGGCUGCGCUUGAGGAAGUUAAAGCUCGGUUGAUGCGUUAGCGAAGCUGGAAGAUUCGCUAUGGCACCGAAAGGAGACUGCGGAUAUCGUUGGGAUCGCUGAACAAUUUGGAAUAAGGAGUAUCUAGGGAGGAAUAAGUACAUAACUACAUGUACACAAGUAGCUUUCGUUGAUUUGGGUUUUCUAACAACCCAUCGUUUCCUC